AGAGAGAGAGAGAGAGAGAGAGAGACUGACAGAACGUAUGCUGUGUGUGCUGUAGGAGCUACACAGCCCGUCCCAAAAGAUUGGUAAUACUGGAAAUCUCAAACACAGCAUGACUAGCAGCUCACGAUAACUGUGUGACGGGACAGAGCGCUCCAAACUUCACUCAAGUUCAUGUGAGGAGUGUUACGGGGAACACAACUGGAGAAGAAGUCAGAAUGAGCGCUUCAGAGGAAAUCACGGGGAUCCUCCAGAACGUCUGGACCAAACUGCAGGCUCUUCCUCAAGCCCACCCGCUCACGCAGACGGCGUUUCUCAUCCUCCUGCUGUUCUUCUUGACGUUCGUGGCUCUGAUCGUGACUGGAUGUGUUUAUGGGCGCUGUGGCUGCUGUACGACAGGGACCAAAAACAGAGUCUCAGCCGUUUGAAACAUGGGCUCAGCAAUAAAGAGGAAGAUGGCAGCAGACCACAGUGGGCUAAAAUAAAAUGUGAUGGUGGCACACACUUUAAGCUGAAUAUAAACAACACUCAUCAGCGACAGUCCUGAAGCAGAUCUUUAAACACAGAAACAAGUGUUUGGCUGAGGAAAAUGCUCCCCGUUAUUAUGAACGUUACAAAUAAACACCAUAUGCCCAAUCUCUCCUAUUAGGGGAAUGCAACCACUAUAGACCCUGUGCCAAAUACUGUCCUCUGGUGUUUGCUCACACAACUGCAGAGAUGAAGAAACCAGCGGGGGACAGUUUUGUGCUGAUCAAAUGAUGCUUAUCAAAGAAUCCAGAAAAAAUAAAAACGUAUCAGAAAUUAUCAUAUAUACAAAAAUAUAUAUAUAAUAACUUGAGCAUUUUUAUAUUGUUUCAAAUUAUAUGUAUUAAAUGGAUAUAAAGUGAGCUAGGUAUGCAUGCAUGUUUGUUUUUGAACUUCACUACUCUGUUUUAUUAAACAUUUAUUACACUUUAAA